AUCAGAAAAAAUAAAAGAAUCCAAGGAAACAAUUGCUGGUUUAGAAUAUAAUAUCAGUGAAAUUAAUGGAACACAUGCAUCAAAAUAAACAGUCUACAAUAAUUAUAAACUCAUUUAAUGACUAAGAGCAUCUGUAUUGGUGGGAUGAGGAGAGAGGGAGAGAAAGUCCCUUGUUGUUGUUGUUGUUUUUUUUUUUUUUUUUUUUGGUCAUAGAAGAGUAAGGGACAGCCCUUAAUUAAGGGCUUUUCCCUUCUCUUUCUUCCUCGGUUCCCACCCCUUCCCCUAAGGGAUGUCUUAAGGGCCUUCCAAUACAGAUGCUCUAAAAACCUUUAUUAAAUGAUAACUCUGUUUGAUUUCAAGAAGUAGAAUGGUUUGUAAAAUUACAAAUCAAUACGACUCUUUAAAUAUCAUGGUGUUGUUAAGAAAAAUAAUACAACGGAUACAUGUUUCAAAAAAUAGAUUGGUCCUAUGCCAUUUUAAUUUUUUUUUUAAAUAGUGACAUAAAUUUUAAAAUCAAACCUUUAAUAUGUAAAAACUAAAAAUUUAGGAAUAAUAAAGAAAUUUUGGCUAAAAAUGUGGGACUUUGUGCAUAUGCACUCUUUGCACUCCCCUUGAAUUAUUACUGUAUGGAUAUAAAAACGAAAUUUAAUAUUAUAAUUAGAAAAUCUCAAACCAAGUAAUACAACAAAUCAUAACAAUAUUAAUAUCUAAUAAUUUUUAAACAUUAACAAUGCUGAGGAAAAACACUAAUAUCUAAUAAUUUUAAAACUUUUAAAGCAAUUAAGUAACAAAUGUAAUUAUUUGUUGACUGAAUUUUGCAGAAAAUAAUUUCUUUACUUUUUUCUUAUAAUUGUUUUAUUUAGUUUGAUUAUGGAAGAUUAAUUGAAAACCUGUUGAUAGUGAUGUUACGAAAGGUCCUUAAACCAAAUCAGCAGCCAUCAAGCUAUGUUUUUGUUUGUAUGAAUUAAUUUAUUACUAAUUUAAAAAGAGAAAUGGUUUUUUUACUUUUUACUAUGUAAAAUUACACAGCUUUAAAUCAAUUAUUUGUCCAUAACUUUUACGGGGUCACUGAUUGUCAUAGUCACAGUUUACAAAGGCCACCCCCACAAAUAAAACAAACCGUCCCCAUAUUUGGGGAAACUAUCAAAGCGACCCCUCACCAAACCCCUGCUUCAAUUAUUCACAGCUUUUAAUGCUUACCAUCUCCCUCCCUCCUUCCCUCCCAUCAAAAAAUCAAAUUCUUAAUAUUCUUUAAAACAUAAAAAGCUAUAAAUAAACCUAGGGACCAAAAUGGGCCUUUUGCUUGUUUGAAUUAAAUGAACACAAUCUGUUAGUUCACCGGCAAUCUUUUUAAGGAUUAAAUGUGAACAUUCAAAAGCCUAAGGUUAAUUAUGAUUAGUUGUAAAAACUCAAGGGGCUUAUAAGAAAAGUUCAUAAAAGUAUCCUUCUUGGAGGGUUUUGUUUGAAGCAGAAGACCCGUUAAUGGCGAAACCUGAUCGGCUAGCUCGCUUCCUUGAUUCAGGUAUCCACGAAUCCGAAGAUUCUAAAUGGUUCUUCUUAGACCCAGUUCGUAUAAUCAACCGUUCAUACACUCGAUUUAGGGUUUCACCUUGUGGUUACUACUCUCGUUGCUUCAACUCAAAGCAUCUCAAUCCACAACAACCAAACGAACUUACUAAUACGAGAAAGCGUAAACGGAAUAAGCAGAAAGACCCUAGCUUUCACCUUCCUAGCGCAGCAGAGCAAGCUUCUAAUCUCCGCCAUCAGGAGGCGAGUCUGUUUAUAUCCGAAGCGUAUGAAUCGCUUUUAGAGGAAACCGAGUUGCUGAGUUUAAUAAAGGGUCUAAGUAGUGAUGAUGAUGGUGGUUUGUUGAGGACCAAGUGUUGUGAGGAUGAAGUCUCUUUUGUUGAGCUUGGAGGAGUGUGGCAAGCUCCUCUGUACGAGAUAACACUGAGUUGUGACGAUAACAAAGAGAAGUGCAGUGAAGAGAGAGUGUUUAAGGUGUUCAAUAAUCUAGUAGUGAACGAGACAGAAGAAGACAUUGAUGCUGAGUUUUCCAACAGGAGAUAUAUAAUGCCUAGAAAGAGCUGCUUCUACAUGUCUGAUUUACUGCACCUCCGAAACCUUGUUCCUGCUAAAUAUGAAGAAGGCUUCAAUCUUAUAGUUAUUGAUCCGCCCUGGGAGAAUGCAAGCGCUCAUCAGAAGUCAAAGUAUCCGACUUUACCAAACAGAUACUUCUUAUCCCUCCCAGUCAAACAGCUUACUCAUGCUGAAGGAGCUCUCGUGGCUUUAUGGGUGACCAAUAGAGAGAAAUUACUUAACUUUGUUGAGAAAGAGCUAUUCCCUGCGUGGGGAGUUAAGUACGCAGCUACUAUGUAUUGGUUAAAGGUGAAACCAGACGGUACAAUGAUUUGCGAUCUGGACCUGGUCCAUCAUAAACCUUAUGAAUAUCUAAUACUAGGCUACCGCUUUACCGAGCUUGCAGAAUCAAAACACAGGUCAGAUUUUGAACUCUUGGAUAAGAACAAAAUAAUCAUAAGCAUCCCUGGAGAUUUUUCGAGGAAACCCCCAAUUGGAGAGAUACUAAAGAAACAUGUUCCCGGGUCUCAACCAGCUCGGUGUCUUGAGCUAUUUGCUAGGGAAAUGGCAUCUGGAUGGACCUCUUGGGGAAACGAACCGCUUCACUUCCAGGACUCGAGAUACUUCUUGAAAGAUUAAUGGGUGCAUUAACAAACAUUUUUUAACCAGAAGAAGCCUGGCUUGGGCCAAUUUUCAUUGUGGGGAUACAGUGAGGAGACCUUCGGCUAGCGCUAGAAGGUCUUGCCGACCGUUAAAAUAAAGACGAAGCCUGAAAGAGCUACAGUUAGAUUAUUGUCUGAAAGAGUCAGAACUGUACCAUCAUUUUUCUUUUGACAUCAUUGUACCAUCAAUUUAGUAAAGCUAAUUUUUUUCUCCUGUCAUGGCAGAUGUUUCAGAGAAAAAUAAGAUAUCAUCAGUAGAGUAAGAUCACAUACUGUAUUAAUAUCACAAUU